AUGUCCGGGUGGGCGAGUAAUUCUAAAUAUGCUUUUUUGGGGGCGAUUCGGGCCGCUGCUCAAAUGAUUAGUUAUGAAGUUUCGAUUGGGUUGAUCCUUAUUUCGGUUCUAUUGUGUGUUGGCUCUUUAAGUGUUACUGAGAUCGUUUUAGCGCAAAAUAGUGGAAUUUGGUUUUUUUUUCCUUUAUUUCCUGUAACAAUAAUGUUUUUUGUUUCGGCUUUGGCGGAGACAAAUCGAGCCCCCUUUGAUUUAACAGAAGGAGAGUCGGAGUUAGUGUCGGGGUAUAACGUUGAGUACGCUUCAAUGUCUUUUGCUUUAUUUUUUCUUGCUGAAUAUGCUCAUAUUAUAUUGAUGAGUUGUUUAACAACUAUCUUUUUUUUGGGGGGUUGACUUUCUCCGGUAAAAUAUUUAAAAGGUGGGGCCGAGUGGUUUGGUCUAAAAGCUGCUUUUAUAAUUUUACUCUUUAUUUGA